CACGCUUGUGUGUUGCUGCCCUCUACGUUCGUUGCUGCGGACGUAUUGAAAGCAGAGGCGCGGCGUUUGAUUGACGAUAAUUGCAAUACCUUUUCACCAUGCCAGAUCCCAUGGAUACAAGCUCAGGACUAAACAACAGUUCACAUGAUGGAAUUCAGCUUCACCAGUGGCAGAGUUGGACACCUGAGGAUGUUAGAAGAUACUUCGCGGUGAAAGGCCUGUCAGAAGAGGGCAAUAUCCUCAUGGGUGAAAAUAUAGAUGGAAGUGUUAUAUCACAGCUUACAGAGGAAAGGCUUGAAAAGAUGGGAGUACAAACCAUGGGAAAGAGGCUGUCUGCCAUAAACCUCAUCAACAAUCUGACAAAAACUUCUCAUCAAAGCUUAAAAACCAAGGUUUUCAACGACUCAGUUCAUGGCCACAUUGACUUUGACCCUCUGCUGAUCAAAAUCAUAGACACCCCACAGUUUCAGAGACUGCGCUUCAUUAAGCAACUUGGCUGUAGCUACUUUGUCUUCCCAGGAGCAGCCCACAAUAGAUUUGAACACUCACUAGGGGUUUGUUACCUUGCCAGAGAGCUUGUCCUUUCUCUUCAACGCAAGCAACCAGAGCUAGACAUCACUAACAAGGAUAUCCUCUGUGUGCAGAUUGCUGGGCUUUGCCAUGAUCUUGGUCAUGGUCCGUUUUCCCACAUGUUUGACUUAUUCUUCAUUCCUCAUGUAAGACCCGACUUUAAACACAAGCAUGAGCAUCUGUCUGUACUGAUGUUUAAUCAUCUGAUCAAGGAAAAUCAUCUAGAGAAAAAACUGAAGGAGAAUGGAUUGGACGAACAGGAUCUUGUAUUUAUCAGAGAACAGAUUGAAGGAUUACCCAAAGACUCUAGCCAAGAUCAGAAUGAGUGGCGUUACAAAGGACGAGGGCGUGAAAAAAGCUUCCUGUAUGAGAUAGUGGCAAACAAGAGGAAUGGCAUCGAUGUGGACAAAUGGGAUUACUUCGCCCGGGACUGUUACAAUCUUGGGAUAGCCAACAGCUUUGACCAUCAGAGGUACAUGAAGUUUGCAAGAGUGAUAGAGGUCGAAGGAGAGAAACAGAUUUGCAGCCGAGACAAGGAGAUAGGAAAUCUGUAUGACAUGUACCACACCAGAAACACCCUCCAUCGGAGAGCCUAUCAACACAAAGUAAACAAGAUCAUUGAAACUAUGAUUGUGGAUGCUCUGAUCAAAGCUGAUAAACAUCUCAGGAUCUUUCCAGGAGCUAAUGGGAAAAAGCUGACCAUGUCUGAAUCAAUUGAUGACAUGCAUGCCUACACCCACCUGACAGAUAGUGUACUUGAACACAUCCUCUUCUCCCAGAAUAAAGGCCUGAAGGAUUCCAAAGACAUCAUCCAGAAGAUCCUCACCAGACAGCUCUAUAAGUGUGUAGGACAGUCACAACCUCCUGCACGCACUGUACUAGAGUCACAAGAGGAAAUACGCAAACAGAUCUGCCUCGCAGUGUCAGAGGAGGACCUGAAAGGACCCCAGCUUGAUCUAGAUGACCUGGUGGUUCAUGUGGUGAAGAUGGACUAUGGAAUGGGCAAUCAGAACCCUGUGGAUUAUGUCCGGUUCUACUCCAAGGAAGACCUCAACAAGGCUGUCAAGAUCAGGAAAGGACAGGUGUCCCAGAUGCUUCCAGAGAACUUUGUGGAGCACUAUAUACGUGUAUACUGCAAGCAUCGUGAUUCUGAGAACGUUGCAAAGGCUGAGAUGUGUUUCGCUGCUUGGUGUGCAACAAAGGAGUUUAGCAAACCAAAGCCUGGAAACUUCCUUGAUUCUGCAAUGACACCAGCUUCCACUAAAAGGCAUGUAGAGGAUGAACACCGAAGCCCGUUUGACACCAAAAAAGCAAAGAAAAGCCUUGAUGAUACUUACAAUAGUAUGUAAUAGUAAAAUUGUAUCGUCUUCAAUAGCUUUCAAUAAUUGUAUAUGUCGCUUAUAUUGCCUUAACCCAUUCUUACUGUACUGGGAGAAAUAGACACAGAGGUGAUUGAAUGCCAAAGUUGGUUUUAGAUCAUACAGGUGUAUAUAGAGAGCGGAAUUCCUUUACAUUUUUACAAUCAAAUGUAACUUGAGGAAUCGAGGCAGAAAGUUGGAUUUUAGUCGUAGUAUUUUUAACAAGACAGUUUAGUCACUGGUGCUUUUAAUGUGCACAAUACUCAACAUCCAUUAUUUUGUUAAGCACAAUUGAACUGCCCAUUAAAUUAUGGGUAUUUUAUCAGUUAUAAAUGAUGCUAUUUGCCAUGUCCUCUUAAUGUCCGGGGUCUAUAGAUCUACUUAAAGAUUUCCUUAUUUGUUAAAAAGAUGAUCACAAUUUUGAUAUCCCUUUGCUUUAUUUUGUACGGUUCUGGUAAAUUGUACAACAGAUUUCUUUUUAUAAAGCCAUUAUUGAACACUGUCAGAGUUUACUGGGGUAAUGUGCAAUGACUAUUUCUAUUCCUGCUUCUUUUUAUUUUUUACGUCUUCCCUUUUCUUGACUGACAUUUUAGAGUUCAUGACAUUUAUUGCUAACUUAUGAUAAUAAAAUGAGUAUAUGCCUAAAAGCAAGGGAUUCUCAUACUUGUUGACAUUUGGAAAUCAUGAGAAGUAGCCAGCACGGUAAUAUUUAAUUUUUAAUGUGACAUUUAAACUUCACUUUUAGAUUGGUUUUUUUCAGGUCCUCAAUACUAAUUUUAAAUUGCCAUCUUAGCCAUUUUGUUCUGCCCCCUCCCCACUUUUCAUAUGGCGCAACUAUUUGAGAUAUGCCUCAAAUUGAAGAAACUAUAAGUAUUGUUUCAUUUUGAGUAAAGUGAAGUUUUCAUUUGUAUUAGCGACUCAUGUAUCCAUGAUGUUUAUAGAAAAGAUUGUAAAAGUAGCACUAAAGAUUAUGAUAGAUUAGGUGGUGCCACCUAUCAAAAGCUGUGUAUAUUUUAUACUUCUAAUUUGUCUAAAAUUAAACCCUUCUUUAUAGCUGCAUUUAUCCUUGGAUAUUUUCUUUUGUUAGAUGUUUUUUUUACUCCAAAUAUAAUUGGUAAUAGAAUAGGAUUAACUUAUAGUUGAUAUGACCACUUAAUCAUCUAGUAUGAAAUCUUAAUUUCAAAGUCUAAUUGUUCUUUUUCUUGUCAGAAAAAAAAAAAUAUUGGUAAAAGACAUGAAUUUGGUCUAGAUGCUUUAUUAGGUGCAAAAGAAGACGAAUGUGGAAUAUGUACAUUAUGGUUGUAUGUUAUGAACGAUCAUGAUACUUUCAUAUGAUUGUGUGUAAAUAUCCCAGUGUUGGGAGACUUUUAUAUGUAUACAGUGAAUACUAAUUACACUUCCAUAUUUCUGUGAUUGACUCAAGUAGCAUAUGUAUGUGUACAUGUAACUUGAAAUAAUGGUAAUAUAAUCAGAUAUGGAGAGUGCUUUAGGCAUUGGCCUUGUAAUCUCGAUUAGGCAACUCCAUAAAAUAUGUACAUCUGACCCCAUAUAGGUGAGACGUUAAUGAAAUUUUCUGUCUCUGAUUUCUGGUUCUUAUGACAGUCUGUAAUGUUCUCAUACGAUUAUGACUUGGUCAGUCUAUGAAGUGAAGUAAGACGUGAAAAAAAUGGGGGUCGGAUGUACAAAAAGGUUGAUUAUUUUACGGAUUUGCCCUAAUAUUACAUAAUCAAGAGCAACAAAACAGCGUAGUAAAGUUUCAUGUUCACAAUUAAGUACAUACGUAUUAGAUUAUGAUGAUUUCUUGUUUCUUUUACAUUAAAGAAAUGUACUUAGAUUUUUAAUAUAAAUGAUGGAUAGAUAUAGUAGGAUUUUAACAGAUGUGAAAUAUAGUACCUUUGAAAAUAACAGAAUAUGUUUUCCUUCAACUUGCCUUGAGGAAAGUAGUGUCAAUUUUGGUGACAAACGUGUCAGGUUCAAACAUGUACUUCAGUUGUUUCUUAAUGUACAUUCCAUUUAUGGUUGAUUUUGCAGUACUCAUUUUAAUUCAGAAGUAAUGUUUAUGUUUUAAUGUACUGUAUAUAGAAUGUAUGGAGAUCAUCAGAGAUGCUGCAAGGGGUCUUUUUACUCAUACCUUUGCUUGUUUUCAUUGUGAAAUUUUUUUGAUCAAAAUCCUAUAAAUUUUACUGUAGUUAAUAGUGCAUUGACCGUUUCAUUCAUGAGAUUGAUGAAUACAGCAAGCAUUCAUUGACUCAAAAUUCUACCUACAAGAAUCUUAUGCAACAGUAAGUUUUAUUUUUGAACCUCAGUCUUGUGUUACAGUAAACAUUUUGAGUAAGUUAGUGAUUGCUAGUUCGUACUUAUAGUAAGUGUUACAUUAGAGAACAUGUACAUGUAAGCAAUUGGGGGUGCUGUAAUAAUGGUUCACAUUCUGUUCUUAAUCAAGAGAUUGAAAAUUUAUUUCUUUGACUAAUUCUAUAUUUCCUUUAUAUGAUAAAUGUGACAGCUACAUUGAUUCUAUAUUUGAACAGUAAAUUAGUUGAAAUUUAUGUAUUUCUUUGUUUUACAUUUUCUUAAAUUUCCCAUGCAUCAACAGUUGUAAUUUAUCAAUACAAAACAUUGUUUUCUAUUCUAAAAUACUUAUUUAAUAUGAGAAGUAGAUCGGUGUUGGGGGUGUGUGGGAUGACAAGAAUAGAGGCUUCAAUAUAACGUGAGGAAAAGGACAAAAUUGUUUAAUAUUGAAACUCUAUUAAACAUAAUAUUUACUAUUACAGAUACAUGUUUAUAAAACUUCAAAGAAAUGUAUUUUUCAUACACCGGGUGCACAGAGUCAUGUCUGGUUCUAUAACUAAUGGAAAUUGUCUAAAGAUGUCUUAUAAAAUUAGUUUUCAUUCCAAGAAAUUGCAAGUUACAAAUUCUAAUGCAAACUCACAAACUCCACAGAUUUAUCAUCAGAGUUUAUAGAACCUGUACAAUUUUUUUUUAAUCAAAAGAUAAAUUACUGACAUGACUGUUCAUUUUUCUGGGGAAAUUUGACUUUCCUCAUUCGCUUGCCUUGUACUGUGUGUACAAUGUCACCAUCUGAACUUGUACCCCACAAUUGCAUUGAGAAUUGUGUGAUAAAAUAAUUAACACUGGUUAGGUACGACAUCAUCAUUAUUGCUUCUAUAUUGAAGCCAGGCUGAGUUUUGUGGGUGUAAGUUUCGUACAAAUAUUAAAUACUAUUUUUCUAACCUA